AUGGCUGCAUUGCUCCUCCAUCUCCAUCAACACAACCAAAACAUCCCAAGACGUUUGCUGAGAGACAGAAACAAUCCUCUUGAUUACUUCAGUGAUGAAGCUAUUAUCUCAAGUUAUCGCCUUGACAGACAGACCAUAUUUGAAUUAUGUAAUGAUUUGAAUAUGGAACUAUCAAGAGCGACAAUGAGAAAUCGUGCUCUUCCAGUUUCACUGCAGGUGAUGAUAGCUCUCAGGUACUAUGCCAGUGGAAGUUACAUGUCGGUCAUUGGUGAUGCUCAUGGAGUGAGCAAAAUGGCAGUGUCUCGCGCAGUGAAAACACUUUCAUUCACACUUGCACGUCAAAAUCAACAAUAUAUAAGGUUCCCAUUGGAUUUUCAACGUCAAGGUCAAAUAAAAAGAGGAUUUUUUGUAAUAAGAAGAUUUCCAAAUGUCCUUGGGGCUGUUGAUGGGUCACUUAUACCGAUAUCUACGCCGACAGAGGAUGAACAUUUGUAUGUGUGCAGAAAGGGCUUUCAUGCCUUGAACAUUCAGGGAGUAUGUGAUGCAGAUCAUUUGUUUUUAAACAUUGUAGCUAAAUGGCCUGGUGCAACACAUGAUGCUCACAUAUGGAACAAUUGUGGUAUGAGUGCAGCUUUUGAAGCAGGGACCAUAGCAGGAGGUUGGUUACUUGGAGACAGUGGUUAUGGGCUUAAACCGUGGCUGCUUACCCCUAAACAGAAUCCUCAAACACAUGGAGACAGGCGUUACAAUGCAUCUCACCGUAGCACCCGCUGUGUUAUUGAACGCACAUUUGGAAUAUGGAAGAUGAGAUUCAGAUGUCUUCAUAAAGGUCUUGUGUUGUCGCCCAAGAAAGCUUGCAAUGUCAUCCUUGCAAACAGCAGUGCUGCAUAACAUAUGCAUUAGAAAGCGUAUUCCUCUGCCUGAGGAUGACGAUGAAGAGGAGGAUGA